UCUGAAGUAAUUUAAGAGUCAAAGAUAAUCGAUACGUAAAAUGUUUAUUCCUUGGAAAUGACACGAAUUUCGUUUACUUUCAAUUAAAAUUAUAAAACUGAUUUCUGAAUGUUUUACUUAUUAGUCGAGAAAGAACAUGUGAAUAAUAUAUGUUAAGUUUUGUUAGAAAUUAUAGAGCGUCGUAUAUAAGAUUUUAAAUAUUGCAUUAAAGGCGCGCAAUUUUACGCUUUUUUGACAUACUGUAAUCUGACAUAUAACCAAUAAAUAUCAAUACAACUUGAAACAUAAUUGAAAAUAACACGAAAUCAUGAUAAGUGAAAACGAACAAAUGCCACAAACGAUGUAUGCGACUUGUGGGAACUCCAAUGUGUCAAAUGGAACAGUUUUCCAUGCUGUAUAUAUACCCGAAGAAAAUGUUGAUACUUCGACAGAAAGCUAUACAAAAGAAAAUAGAAUUUAUCAGGACAAAGCGGAAGCAUUAAAAGUAAUCAAGGAAUUUAAAACAGGUCGUUUAAAAUCGUUUAAGAAUCUUUCAGAAGCUGAAGAAUAUGUUAAGACUGGUUUUGAAAAAACAAAUUAUACUAACAAUAGUACAAUAUCUACAACAGUACCUGUAGUAGAAGAGAAAUCGAAUAAUUUUAAAGUUCCACGAUCGCAAGAUCUUGUAUGUUUUAGAAAGUUAAUUAAGGAUGGAAAUUUACAUGCUGUCAAAUCUACAAUGUGGGGAAAUCCACGAUAUUUAAUCGGAAGCGGAGACACACCUGCAAUUUUGCAAGAAGGGUGUCGUUAUAAUGCAUUGCACAUUGCAGUCAAAGCAGACAGACCAGAUAUGUGUGAGUUAAUAUUAAACACUGUUGGAAAUGCAAAAUUUAUACAGUUACUUUACGGUGAUGAAUGCAAGAGUUAUGUGGACCGUGCACAGAUUAUGUUAGAUUUAUAUUUAAAUACACCUGAUAAAGGACUGAAUGAAACUCCAUUACACUUUGCUGUUAAAUUUGGUUUAAAAGAUGUAGUUCGAGUUCUUGUUUCAUAUCCAUGUUGCAUAAAAACAUUGCCAAACAAAUAUAAACAGCUACCAAUAGAUAUAAUAUGUAGUAGAACCUGUCAAGACAAAGAGUUAAAAAAAGAGAUACGAAUGUUACUGGAAGAUCAGUAUUAUGUACCUGUAUUAAGAUCAGAUGAUAACACGUUACAACCCCUUAUUGGGGAACCUUUCUCUCCACCUAACGCAUUGAGUUUAAACACAGACCCAAUAAGUCCACGUUUAGAAGUACGUGCAUUUGCCGGACCAAUGACAAAAUCUCGGGCAUUAGAGUUUAAAAAAAAGUGGAAAACACCUCCACGUCUUAAUAUGACGCCUGUUAAAAGAAUCACAGAAGAUGAAUCUAACAUGACAAACAAUUGUGUUAACAAUUUAAUGUUAAGAUUACAAGAUUCAGAAAAGGGACUUGAACGAGUCGGAAGAGAUUUGGCAGAAGAAUAUCAAGUAUCAUGGAAAGAAUAUUGGCCAUUUUUGGACGAUUUUGCAGAUUUUCGUACUACAGAAGGCUUAAUGAAACUUGAAAAAUACUUGGAAGAUAAAUUUCAUGACCAAUUAUUUUCUUAUUGUCAGAACUUAAAUGAUAAUAAAACAAAUUCAAAUUCAGAAAUAAAAUUGGAAUCGGUCGAUGAAAUAGAUUAUUUAUGCAAUAAAUUACAAUUGUGUUCAUUGCAUAAUACAGACGAUCAUGAUACAAGCAGUAUAGACGAAUUAGAAUUUUUUACACCACCAUCGUCUCCAAAAUUAAUAGUAGACAGUUCCGAUGAUGAAAUGGAAACUGCAGAGGAAGGUCCUGCAACGUUUCUUGAGGGAUCACUACCAACAAAACAGGAUUAUGCUGUUCAUAAUGCUGUACCAUCAAUUACGUCUACUGCAUAUCCGAACAUUUACCGUUGGCAACAUAACAUGCAGCUUGUUAUGAAACGUGACUUACCUAGAACUAACAAUAUAAGGUUAAUCAGAAGAAAAUUGAUUCUGACCCCCUAGAUACGUUAAACAUCAAGACAUAUUGAACAGUGUAAAAAAAAUAAAAUUGUAUGAACUUUUUAUAUUACGCACAAUAAUUCUUAUCUGAUAGGUAAUAUUAGUAUACUUGAAAACUUAUUCAAACUUAUUAAGUAUACGAAAAAAUAUAUAUUUUCAGAAAAUUUUAUAUGUAAUGAAAAUAAUCUAUAAAAACACAUACUUCGU